AUUAAAGUAUUAUUUAUCCUAAAAUGGACGCCAACAACUACCUACAAAGCGCCUACCAAGUUGCGAUAGUACCGACAGAUCUACAUCAUGAGGCGACUAUAAUCAAAGCAGCCCAGUCUCUGGAUUGCCUACACAAAACAAUAAAUUCUAUUUUCGAGCGGAUUGAUGCCAGACUCGAAAGAAAUGGUGCCAAGGUCCAGGACAUAAACAGACGUGUGAGGCGAGCGCAGGCGAAAAUAGAUGCACUGGUCGGGUCCAAACGAGCCAUUCAAAUAUUCGCUCCGGCCCGAUUUCCUGCCGGCGACGUGCUGGUCAGCAUUGCUUCCACCUUUCCACAGGUGGCUGGCAAACUAAUGGAAGAGAAUCACGAAAAUGCACACUGUCGACAGCAAGAGUCGGCAUCAGUGGCAGAUGAUGAUCCUAUUUCCUUUCAUGUGCGAGCCGAGCAGGAACAUGAAGCCCCGUUGGUCGCCGAGAGAAAGAUGACUAAUCGGACUUCCGGCUUGGGUGGUCUUCCCUUGACUGGCGUAAAAUCGGUCCCAUCAUUGAUGCGUUUCAACACCAACGAGUUUGCUUACGGUGAUGAUUUGAAUGCUUGGAAGCGUUCUCUUCCCCCGCAGAGGACAAGACGUACAGCCAGCCAAGCCAAGGUAACGACGGAGAACCUACUAGCCCCGGCUCCGCAUUCACUGGCUUAUGGCACCACAAAGUUGGCGACUCCUGCCGGGGAUUUGCGAUACAAUCCAGCCGCUUUGGCUGCCCCAGCCAUCGAUGUGCCCUUGGAUUUGCCCGACCUUCCUGGCAUAGCCAACGACUUGCAAUAUGAGCCUGUUGAAGAGAAUACGCCCAUUGCUCCGUCCCAGCAGUUUGGAGAGUUGCCAGAAUUACCCGGAUUGGAGGAACAGGAGAUCACAGUGCAGGCUCUGGCAGCGCAAACGCACGUACCAGUGCCAGAUAAGAAGACAGUACGAAGAUCAGUUGGAUCAGUUCCUGUAUCGACGCCACCACCGCCACCGCCUCCACCACCACCACCACCACCCCCGACUCCUCCAAAUGUGGUCACGCAUCCACCCCUUCCUACCCGAGGUCCCAUCAAACCCCUUUCUCCUUCUCGUGAAACUCCCCUUAUCAUGCCACCCCCUCCUCCCCUCCCCGCUGACCCACGAUCAGAGCUUAUGGCUGCCAUACGGAAUGCUGGAGGAGCACUUGGCGGACGUCUCCACUCGGCUGCGGCUGCACCCCUCGAUGUGGUGGACACGACGAGAUCCAAAGCAGGAACCAGUGCCACUGGUGAUCUUAUGGCGGAUCUCCACAAUAAGCUCCUGCUAAGACGUAAAGGAAUCUCGGGCAGUCAGAAUCCCGGAGAUCCUACCGCUGGUAAUCCGCUAAUGCACCAGCUAUCCAAGGUUAUACCGCCACCUGUAGAGUCGGAAAAAUCCCCUCAAUCAAGCGAGGAAGAGCACUCUGAGGAGGACGUGGAUGCGUGGACGUAAUUAAACUAGACGAAUAUGCCUUAGCACCAGGUUCAUGUGCCUUCCAUGGCUUUAAAAAAUAGCAUCAAAUUACCUCUUAAAUUUAAUUUUUGGCAAUGCCCGAGCAAUCAUGCAAAUUAGUAAAGUUUUAAAUUUUAAUAAAAUACAAAAAUAUAACCCUUCAAGGGUAUACAAAUGAAA